ACUGGAGUCCGCGAGUCCAGGCAAGUUUUGGUGCGGCCAUUGCGGCAUGGGAGACUGCUAGGGCCUCGGCAGCACUCGGUGACCUGCGUAAUGGCGUCGUCGAACUUGCUAGCAAUCUGGCCAAUAACCAUCCGCAUCAUCGCGCUCCCACCCGUCGGCAUUCGACACCUUGCGCACACCGACCACGCACUGGGUCAGCAGCAACGCCAGCUCAUCAACAGCGAAUUUCAGAUCGUCCACAUCCACGCAGCCUGCGUCACUCGCCGGCUCGUUUGCCCACACGGUGGCCAAAUGCAUCCAGUCGGUAGCCAAUGCGACCAGUUCGGCAGCCUGCGUGCGGUCACGCACAACCUGCUGGUUCAGGCUCUCCAUCAGUCCGCUGAUGUGCAGAACCUGCUGUGCGUUAAUCUCAUCGCUGUGCUCGUCAUGCAUGACGGUGCGCAGCUUGCGCCAGCUGCGACGACAGGCGGAAGAAGGCGGUGUUUGCCAACUUGCCAUUGCCGCUGGGCACGCAGCGAGUCGCGGUGCACGCAAUUGACGUUGCAUGUGGCUAGGGCGUGGACGGCCUCAGACCACGCAGAAGUGGCCAGCGGUGGCUGCUUCAGGACCGAAGACAGGCCCUGCGCUUCAUCGGCGACCGGCCGGAAAUUGCGCUUCAGGCCGAGUCCCGCCAGGGCCUUGAGGAUCUCCUUGAGUCGGGUGCGGCGCAGAUUGCGCUGCUCGCCCCAGAACUGCAUGAUCUUGCGCUGCCGCUCCUCAUCGUCCUCGAUAUACUCCUCUUCCUCCUCCUCUGCCUGCUUCUUCGAUUUGAUAAUCAGCUUCUUCUUCUUCUUGGAUUGGCUCCUCGGACUUGCCCGUCACUGGCUUCUUGGUCAGAUGCUUCGGCGUCUCGACGUUCUGGAAGUGGUUAAUGUCGCCGACUAUCUGCAGAGCAAAUUCCUCGAGCGUGUCGGGGCUUGAGCUGCCGUCGAGACUGCCAGUGAAAAUGUCGGAUCUUUUCAUCAUCCUGUGCAGCUGCUGCAGGUGGGCCGGGCUCAGCUCCAGAACCUUGGCCAGACUGUCGGG